GUUAUUUUCUUUUUACAAGUGCAGAUAACUGCAGAUCUGUAUAACUGCGCAUGCGCGUCUUCGCGGUCACCUGGUGCUGCAGCCCAAAACAGACACGACCUACAGCUGUUGUGAGUGACCCAAUUACCCUGCAGAAAACUGCCCUCCAGGGUGUAUAUUUUACAGAAGAGUGUGUUGCUGAUGUGAAGAUGGAGGACCAGGCUGUGGAGCUCUGAGCCUCCCAUGGCUGUCAGCACCAUGGACUCGGAGUCGUCCAGGACCCCUCAGCCUGCGCCCGCCCUGACAAAAGGAAGCUACUCCCUGCUGUCCGCUCGAGCUCUGGGUGCCAGGCUGGGCACCCAAGGGAAACACUAUUUUUGCGGCUCGGUUGCAGCUUUUACCAACAUCGUGGUGACUUUCCCCAUCCAGAAGGUGCUGUUCCGCCAACAGUUACACGGUGUGUUGGCCACUGAGGCGGUGCAGCAGCUGCAGAGGGAUGGGCUGAGGAAUCUGUAUCGGGGUCUGCUGCCCCCGCUGCUCCAGAAGAGCACUACAGUGGCCAUCAUGUUUGGCCUGUACGAGGACUUCUCUAGAGUCUUACUAGACCGGGCCGCUGGCAGCGGUAUACCGGAGCUGGCAACCCGGAGCUUUGCUGCAGCGUUGGCAGGAACCGCAGAGGCCGUCCUGACGCCGUUUGAGCGUGUGCAGACUAUUUUACAAGACCAUCGUCACCACGGGCGCUUCAAAAACACAGUCCACACCUUCCGGACACUAGUGACUGAGCAUGGUGUCAGAGAGUGCUACCGUGGCCUGGUGCCUAUACUUAUUCGUAACGGCCCCAGCAAUGUGCUCUUCUUCGGGCUCCGUGGGCCCAUCAAGGAGCAGCUCCCAGAAGUCGAUAGCCGGGCAGGUCACAUGGCAAGUGAUUUUGUAUGUGGAGGGUUGUUGGGGGCAGCCCUUGGCAUUAUGUUCUAUCCCUUAAAUGUGGUCAAGUCCCGGGCCCAGUCUCAGGUGGGUGGAGCCUUCCAGCCUUGCAGGCAGGUGCUGCUAACAGUGUGGAGAGAAAGGGGCGGCAGUGUUGCCAUGCUCUUCAGAGGGGCCACUCUCAACUACCACCGUUCACUGCUCUCCUGGGGGAUCAUUAAUGCCACCUAUGAGCUGCUGCUGAAGGAGCUGUCAUAAUAGAGAUAUAGACAGCGAGAGAAAGCAUUUAAAGGGAAAAACCUGUGUAAAGUGCGAGUCAUUUGUUGAGAAGAAAGGAAACCGUCAAGUAAAGCCGAUGUACUUGCUGUCUGGCAGCAUUUUUUGGGGGCACACAGACUGAAAGACUGAAGCAUAGUUGCACUUCUAACAGGGGCCAACAGUCAGUGUAAGAUAACCCACCUGCCACAUGCCAUGACUAUUUACUGUUGUCAGUAUUUAAAACAAGACACGAGCUUUAGCCUAUACAAACUUGUGCCAGGGUCCAAUUAAAAUGCCCUUGUUUGCUCUCUGUUCAAACAUGUUGUUGAGCAAACAACAUUUUAGCGCUUUUUUCCCACAGUUUCAAGCAAAAGUUAGUUCAAUAGAUUAACUGUUUCGUCGUAUGUGCUGUGCUGCUUUGUGGACAACAUGCGUCUGUUUGUUUGACCAAGAGUAUUUCCUCUGUCAGGCUGCUUUCUGCUCCUUAACUCAAACACUUUUGUACUUUGACAACGGAAAUGCCCCAAGAUGUUCUGGCAAGAAGAGUGUAAUCAAAUAUAGAGUUGGCUGUAUUAUUUCUAUUUGUCCUCCAUUAAACUAUUCAGCCUAUAUAAUUAUCAUAUGAUCAAAAAUCUAUCAUUUCAGAAAUUGUUGAAAUAAGUGUGAGUGAUGUAUGUUCUUGGAAAUACUGUCAGGCUUUUUUAAACAGUUCCUCCUUUUACACAUGAUUUUUGUUUUGUUUGCCGAUUCAAAAUGUAAUGUUAUUUCAGGCACAAUUAGUCUUUGUUUGAUUCAUGAAGUGCUCCUGGCAUGUGUUGUUUGAGUUUUGAGAAGUGCCCGUUGAUGUCAGUAAAACACAGUUACACCCAGAUCUUGUCUUGUUUGUAAUUACAAAGGAAACCUCUGUUCAAUCUUCACACCACAGAACAUGUUUGUUUUUAUUUUAUUUUUAUUUUACAAAACCUUUGCAGUUCCAGAAGAAUACCUUUUGAAAUUAAUUUCACAUUUUCUGCAUUUGUUAAUAUUUGGGCAUUUAUUUUGUUCAUUGAUUUUUGAAAGUAGUGCUCUUAAAUUUAUUUUUCCUUUUUUAUAAACUUCAAAUAUCACCUUUUUAUACAUGUAACCUCCCUCUUUCCCCUCUUUUUAAAUCUUUCUUCUCUCACGCUUGCUCUCCUCUCUGUCUGUAACAUCUGUUGACAUAAUGGGCUCAGAUUUCAAGCUUGAGUAGACGCUGUCACCAUGCAGCAGCUCUCGCUGGGUACGUCAGCCCGAAGAGGAAAGGCAUGCUGCCUGGACAUUGAGUGAGAGAGAGACUGAACUGAGUAAUGGUGCUGAGAGAAGACUGAGGCAGAGGGUCAUGUUGAGUGGCACAAAAAGCUCAAGCUGCCGUGUAAAUGGAUCACUUGGCCUAUUUCUCCAAUCCUUUUCAUUCUCACUGUCCACAGUGUGCUGUUUCCUGAGCAUCUUUCCGGGAUUUUCCAGGGCUUUCUCUUCAAUAGUAAGACUUGAAUUAUCUCCUGAAAGUGGGACACCUUCAUUAAUGUUAAAUAAUGCUGUUUAUAAUUGCUAACUUUUCUGUAGCACGAGUCACCAAAUCACUAUGAAAACAUAAAAUGACUAAUUGCAACCAAAUGAAAGGUUUAAACAAUCUAUUAAACGAGUUGACAGUGAA